ACCCCAUUGUUAUUGAGUUGCCAAAACUAGUAAAACAAUAGCAGGAAAGACAAGACAUUGAGGAAUAUGGUCGUGUUGUGGAGGUUGUCUUCAUUGUUGGUGGCUCUGGCACUGGUUUUAGUGCCUAGAACCCAUGGUUGGAGCAAAGAAGGUCAUGUUUUAACAUGCCGGAUAGCUCAGGGUCUUUUAGAGCCUGAGGCAGCAGCAGCUGUUGAAAAUUUGUUGCCUGACUAUGCUAAUGGAGACCUUUCGUCCCUUUGCGUAUGGCCGGACCAAAUCCGGCAUUGGUAUAAGUAUCGAUGGACGAGUCCACUUCAUUUCAUCGAUACUCCGGAUAAUGCUUGCUCGUAUGAGUACUCGAGGGACUGUCAUGAUACUAAUGGUGUGAAGGACAUGUGCGUUGCUGGUGCAAUCCAAAACUUCACCUCACAGCUUGUGCACUACAGGGAAGGAACAUCAGAUCGUCGAUAUAACAUGACAGAAGCCUUAUUGUUCUUGUCACACUUCAUGGGAGAUAUCCAUCAGCCAAUGCACGUCGGUUUUACGACCGACGAAGGCGGAAACACCAUCUCGGUUCGAUGGUUUAGGCAUAAAUCUAACCUGCACCAUGUAUGGGAUAGGGAGAUCAUCCUUACAGCUCUAGCAGAUUACUAUGAAAAGAACUUGGACAGCCUUCAAGAGGACUUAGUAGGGAACUUUACUGAUGGGAUCUGGUUUGAUGAUGUAGCAUCAUGGGAAGAAUGUGAUGAUCUUCUUACAUGCUCGAACAAGUAUGCUAAUGAGAGCAUAAACCUAGCUUGCAAAUGGGGUUACAAAGGAGUAGAGCCUGGACAAACCUUGGCAGAUGAGUACUUCAAUUCAAGGAUGCCUAUAGUAAUGAAAAGAAUUGCUCAAGGAGGGGUCAGAUUAGCCAUGAUUUUGAACUUGGUUUUUGGUGAUUCUCAACAUGGUUUUGCAGCCGCGUCUUAAAUUUAACAUCCAAAACUCCACCCAAAUUUGAAUAAACAGAGGGCUUUGUAGCUUUGUUUAAUCUUAGAACAAUAACAUUACUAUGAUCAAUGUUGAUCCACCCUUCAUUUGUACUUUGUAACUCCGAUCAUAAAAUGAAUUUGUUAACAUCAACAAUGGUAUCAUUCAAAUUGAUCAAA